AUAGGAGAUGGUAUAUAUGGGAAAAUCGUUGGAUUUUAUUUAGGUCCUAGGCCAUUUUUGAUUGUGGCUGAUCCAGAAUUAUUGAAAAUCAUUCAAGUGAAGGAAUUUAAAAAUUUUGUGAAUAAGGAUCUUAUUUUUCCUGAUAUGGGUGUACCACUUAAAUAUAUAACAGAAUCAAUAGAAAUAGCUAAAGAUGACAAGUGGAGAAACUCUAGAUAUUGCUUAAAUGCUGCCUUUAGUACAGGAAAGAUAAAAAAUAUGGUAAAAACUAUAAACGAAGCUAUUGAUAUAUUUAUGAAAAAAAUGGAAGAAAAUGACUCAAAGCCAUUCGACGUUAUGGAUACGUGUAAAAGAUUAACCUUUGAUGUGAUAUGUAGAACUACGUGCGAAAUAUCGACUAAUAUUCAGAAUAACGAAAAAAAUAUAUUUACUGAUUCCCUUGAACACGUUUUUCAAUUUGGUACUAGUGAAAUGCUCGAUAGGAUUUCUAUGUGCUUUCCUGAACUCGAGCCCAUUCCAACAAGAUUAAGAUGGCUAAAAGAUUCUAUAAGAACUUUUUUUAAUCUUCCAUCUGCUGGAAUAAUUUCAAAAACAUGCGAAAAUAUAAUAAAAUCUAGAAAAGAAACCAAGCAGAAUCCAGCUGUUAACCUUCUUCAAUUAAUGUUAAAUGCUAGUCAAAAUAAUGAAAAUGAAGACAGUGAAGGACAAUCUGAAGUGAAAAAUAAAGCGAUAACUUUGUCUGAUGAAAGUAUCAUCGCAAAUACUUUCUUAUUUUUAGUCGGAGGAUAUGAAACUAUUGGAUCGACUUUGGGUUAUUGUCUUUAUAAACUUGCUGAAAACUUUGAUGUGCAAGAAAAAGUAAGAGAUGAAAUAAACAAUCAUCUAUAUGAAAAGGAAGACAUAGAGUAUAGUGAUCUUGCAAAUUUACAAUAUUUGGAUCAAGUUAUAGCAGAAAUUUCGCGUUUGUUUCCGGUAUAUUUCCCAGGAGUGAAUAGAGUAUCUUCUACAGAAUUCAGAUACAAAGAUAUUGUAAUACCUAAAAACUCUGUAGUGACUGUCCCACUUUGGUAUUUGCAUAGAAGUCCUGACUAUUGGUCAUCGCCGGAGAAGUUCAUGCCAGAAAGAUUUUCCGCUGAAAAUCGCUCUACAAUCGAUCCUUUUGUGUAUCAACCAUUCGGUGCGGGACCCAGAAGUUGUUUAGGAAUGAGAUUAGCUCAAAUCGUUAUCAAAUUAGCCCUUGUUCGUCUAUUAAAAUCGUACAGAUUAGAAAAAACAGAUGAUGAUGAGACAUUGGAGCUGAAUUAUCAAAUUGUUUUCGUACGUCCCCAGAAAAAUUUAUUUAUUCGAGCAGUACCUAUAGAAUGAAAUUUUUUUAUUUUGAAAUAUAUGCUAUGUUUUUAACAUUUUAUAAUUUAGAAAAAUUUAAAUUAAUUCGUUGAUAUAAUAU